UAGACACCCGGAGUCUCAGAUGGACAGCUUGUACCCCAGUAUUUACCACACCCUAGAUAUCCACACUCAGGUCCUGACAGCUGUCACCCAUAACUCUACCUCAGAGCUGCACCAUCUGCUGGAGAGAGGCGCCAAAGUCAAUGCCAGAAUACAACAGCUGGGAGGGAACACAGCAUUACACAUAGCAGCUAAGAAGGGGCAUGAGGAAUGUCUGGCUAUACUGCUAAAUGCAGGAGCUAAGGGAGACAAGACCAAUGACUUGGGAUUCACACCACUCUACUAUGCACUUCUCAAAGGUUACCUACACUGUGCCGAGAUGCUGCUGGGCAAUGGCGACUCUCCUAGGACCCUUACCCCAUUCUGGAAAGCCAAAGACAAACAGGGAAUGCCACAAUGGCUGAAGUAUACCAUAGCAACAAAGAGAUUUCUGAUCAUGGCUACACCCAGUGUCUCCUCAUUAGGCAUCGAGAUAAAUGGCUGGUUGUUCUCAGCUUUUCUACAAAUCCCAGACAUGUUUUCUGCUGUGAAAAUGUACCUCCUAACAGGCAACAGGCUCAGCCAUGCUCAACUUUUACAAGUGAAAGCAUUGUGUUCCAAGGAACAAGAUGCAGGGAAAAAAUUAGAGUGGCUGGACAACUACGAACAGAAUGUUCUCACACUCCAGGAAUGUUCCAGAAUAGCCAUAAGGAAACAUUUAGUUCCCAAUGUUGUGUAUGGAGCGAAGCAUUUGAGAGUGCCAAACAGAGUCAAAGAAUAUAUCCUCUUCAAGCACUCACAAAUUUAGGAAUAACUGUGUUAAUUUAUAGAAUGUGUUUUUAAUAAGCAGUUACAACACGUCCAGUGCCAUUUGUGUAGUACUAGUAUUUUAUGCAAAUAACAUGUUUUUAUGAGUACACCUAUUUUGACAGUUUUAAACAGAACAAAUGGGUUUGAUGUACUGGUAAUCAAAAUAUCCUACUGUAUUCUACUUCCACAUUUUAUAUCAGAUGUCCAUUUUUGCAUACUGUGAUUUUUUCACCUCUGCAAUUGUGAUAAUAUCAACCUC